AUGGGUGUUCCUUUCGAGGCCCUGAUUCCUUAUGGAAUCAUCAUCACGAUGUUCGGCGUCACCGGUGCCGGUUUGACUGCUGUCAAGUACCUCUCGAAUGACGGAAAAAAGGCGCGGUGGAACAGGGAUCUGUGGGACAGAGUGAUGAUGGAGAGAGACCUCAGACUUACAGGGAAUCUGAGAGGCCAAUCUAGCAAUGCCGUGGCUCCAAAGGGAUUCGAAGUCAACAACCCGUGGAAGCUCGAGAAACGGAUCUUUUAA